AUGUCACACGAUCAGAAAUACUAUGCGAUUGGAUUAACAUCGAAAGUAGCCCUUGUUUACAAUACGGAAAACUUUGAGUUAGUGCGUGGUUUUAGAGUUCCUAAAGCUCCCACGUCUAUGGUCUUUGAUAGGGCUAAUGAAUAUGUCAUUAUUGGCGAUCGGGCUGGGCAUGUUUGUCGUUAUAAAAUCACAGAGCCAAUCAAUGUGAACCAUAAGGAUAUCACCGGAGAAGUAUGUGGUCACGAAGGAGAGCCUCUCACUGGAGUGAUAUCAAUGGUUCUGGAUGUAGGAGUGUCUACUGAUGGAAAAUAUGUUUUGUUCGCAGACCGUGAUGAGAAAAUCCGUAUUUCCCGUUAUCCUCAGGCUUUUGUUACUGAGGCAUAUUGCUUGGGCCAUACCGAAUAUGUCCGAUCAUUCACAGUUGCCGAUGACGCUCUCUACUCUUCAGGUGGGGAUUCGAUGUUGAUUCGAUGGAAUAUGCUUAACGGUUCCUGUAUGAGAAGGUUGCAAACGAAAGUGUCAGACUCAGAUCCCGUUCGAAAACUAGUCAGCUAUAAGAAGGAAGAAUCGGUGUUCAUUUAUGCAAUUACGGAAGGAGAAAAAAAUAUUUACGUUCAUGAGGACGACGGAAGUCAAAUACUUCCCCGUGGAUCAGUCUGUCUCGAUGAUAUUGUUGUAGAUAUUUGUUUAAAUGGAGACCAUAUUUUGGCUGUGACUAGAUCAUCUGUAACUAAAAUUGACUUGUCUAGUAGCAAUACUAGCCGAGUAACAAUCACAGACGAACUGAAAAACGAAUUGAUGAACACCAAGGAUCCUAUUGGUAGCUAUUUCAAAAAAGUAACGCAUAAGAACUUGGAAGAUUAUCAGAAGAGAAAGGCCCAAAGAAUCGAGAGCGAGAAGGAGAAAAAGAAGAAGAGGAAGGAGGAGAAGAAAGCCAAGGAGGUUGAGACAACUGAGGCAGCUGACAAUUAG